CUGCAAUAACUUGCUAUACCAGCGAUCGGAAAUAUUAAUUUUUUAGUAUAAAAAGCUGCAUUUGUCCCUAGCUAAGUAUCAUUAACGGUUGGAUUCUAAAGGAGUUGACUACCGCAGAAAUGAAAUUGUUCAUCGUUUUCGCCUUGGUGGCUGCUGCAGCUGCUCAACUCAGCAAUGAGUACUUGCCACCCAAUGUUGGAGCUGCUUCUGCCCCAGCUGUGUCUUAUUCCGCUCCUGCUGCAUACGAAUCCUAUGAAGCUGCAGCUACCCCCGCUGCUUCUUAUGAAUCCUAUAAUGUAGCAGCUGCUGCUCCAGCUCACUCAUUCUCCGAAGCUGAUGGCUACCGUUACAAGACCCAACGUCGCCGUGUCUUCAAGACUGCUCGCCGUCAUCGUCGUGAUGUCUCCACUGAAUACUUGCCUCCUGCUGCUUCUGCCCCAGCCGUUUCCUAUGCUGCCCCAGCUGCUGCUCCCGCAGUCUCCUAUGCUGCCCCAGCUGCUUAUGAAUCAUACGAAGCUGCUGCUACUCCUGCUGCUUCCUACGAAUCUUAUAAUGUAGCUGCUGCUGCUCCAGCUCACUCCUUCUCAGAAGCCGAUGGCUACCGUUACAAGACCCAACGUCGUCGUGUCUUCAAGACUGCCCGCCGUCAUCGUCGUGAUGUCUCCACUGAAUACCUGCCUCCUGCUGCCUCUGCCCCAGCCGUUUCUUAUGCUGCCCCUGCUGCUGCUCCCGCUGUCUCUUAUGCUGCCCCAGCUGCUUAUGAAUCCUAUGAAGCCGCUGCUACUCCUGCUGCCUCUUAUGAAUCCUACAAUGUAGCUGCUGCUGCCCCAGCUCACUCCUUCUCUGAAUCCGAUGGCUAUCGUUACAAGACCCAGCGUCGUCGUGUCUUCAAGACUGCCCGCCGUCAUCGUCGUGAUGUCUCCACUGAAUACUUGCCACCUGCAGCUUCUGCUCCAGCUGUCUCAUAUGCUGCCCCAGCUGCUGCUGCUCCCGCUGUCUCCUAUGCUGCCCCAGCUGCUUAUGAAUCCUAUGAAGCCGCUGCUACUCCUGCUGCCUCUUAUGAAUCCUACAAUGUAGCUGCUGCUGCUCCAGCUCACUCUUUCUCCGAAGCUGAUGGUUAUCGUUACAAGACCCAACGUCGUCGUGUCUUCAAGACUGCCCGCCGUCAUCGUCGUGAUGUCUCCACUGAAUACUUGCCACCUGCAGCUUCUGCUCCAGCUGUCUCAUAUGCUGCCCCAGCUGCUGCUGCUCCCGCUGUCUCCUAUGCUGCCCCAGCUGCUUAUGAAUCCUAUGAAGCCGCUGCUACUCCUGCUGCUUCCUACGAAUCUUAUAAUGUAGCUGCUGCUGCUCCAGCUCACUCUUUCUCCGAAGCUGAUGGUUAUCGUUACAAGACCCAACGUCGUCGUGUCUUCAAGACUGCCCGCCGUCAUCGUCGUGAUGUCUCCGCUGAAUAUUUGCCUCCUCUAGCUUCCAACUCUGUUGCCACUUAUGAAGCCCCCGCUGCUUACGAAUCCUAUGAAGUUGAAGCUUCCGCUCCAGCUCAUUCCUACUCUGAGGCUGAUGGUUACCGCUACAGAACUCAACGUCGUCGUGUUAUCCGUCGUCAUCGUUUCUAA